AUGUCAAACCUCAAAGAGCGAGGCGGGGACCGCUCGCCGCUGGUGCCGGGCGUGGGCGGCGCGUGGAGCGCCUGGAUGGCUCGGAGAAGUGCGUCCCGGACGGCUGCCCUGGGCCUGGCGCUGCGGCUGCUGCUCGGCUUCGCACUGGGCCUGGAGGCCGCCCCGACCUCGCUCACCACCCGGUCCCCGGCCCAGGCCGCAGGCCCCAGUGCAGGCUCGUGCUUGCCCACCAGCUUCCAGUGCCGCACCAGUGGUUUCUGCGUGCCCCUCAUCUGGCGCUGCGAUGGAGACCAGGAUUGCUCUGAUGGCAGCGAUGAGGAGUGCGAGAUAGAACCGUGUGCCCAGGAUGGGCAGUGCCCGCAAGCCACAGGCAGCCCCUGCUCUUGUGACAGCAUCGAUGACUGCCCUGAUGGCAUCGACAAGAACUUUCUGAACUGCAGCAGCCAGCCCUGCCGGAAGGGGGAGCUCCGCUGCUCACUGGGCAGUUCCUGCAUCCCACACACGUGGUUCUGUGAUGGCCACCCGGAUUGUCCUGAUUCCAGCGAUGAGCGUGGCUGUGGAACUGAGACGCUCCAGGAAGGCACAUCUGUGGGCACCCCUGUGACCUCUGUGACCUUGGAGAAUGUCACCUUUCUCAGGAAUGCCACCACCAGCUUAGUCAGGGACCAGGACUCAGUCAAGUCGGGAAACCAAAAUGCCUAUGGGACUAUCGCAGCUGCUGUGGUGCUAAGUGCAGGUCUGGUUGCCGCCACCCUCCUUGCGUUUUCUCGGCUCUGUGCCCAGGGGCUCCUGGUGGCCGUGAAGGAGUCCCUGCUGCUGUCAGAGAGGAAGACCUUGCUGCUCUGAGGAUGAGCUCUUGCCAUCACGUUGCCCAGGCCCUGAGUGCGGCAGCUCUGGAGACGCGGAAGCUGCUGCUGGCAUACCAGUCCUCCGACAUGGGUUCUUCUGGCCACGCAGCACUGCAGACCUGAGCUCCUGCAGAUGUGAUCCUGGAGACUGGAGGUGUCCGGGCCCUCCCCUGGAUGCGAGGAGCUGGAUGGGGAAUACACCCCAACUGGAACCAAGGGGCUGGCCCCAGACUAUUGCCAUGG